UCGAUCGGUGGUGUGGAUCUCUAGACUAGCGCACAUGGAGUUCACCGCAAUCACGGCCUCCACGGCGGCUGGUGGCCGCCCUUGGCCGCCGCCGCCGCCGCCGCUGCCAGCUGAUCAUCAGGCUGAGGAAGCCGCGGCGGCGGAGGUGGAGAAGGAGUGCAUGUUCGACAAGGUGGUCACGCCGAGCGACACGGGCAAGCUGAACCGGCUGGUGAUACCGAAGCAGCACGCGGAGAAGUACUUCCCGCUGGACGCCUCCUCCAACGACAACGGCCUCCUGCUAGACUUCGAGGACAGCGCAGGGAAGCCAUGGCGCUUCCGCUACUCCUACUGGAACAGCAGCCAGAGCUACGUGAUGACCAAGGGGUGGAGCCGCUUCGUCAAGGAGACGCGCCUCGAGGCCGGCGACAUCGUCUCGUUCAAACGCGGAGUCGGGGAGGCCGCCAGGGGGAGGUUCUUCAUCGACUGGCGGCGCCGCCGCGGCCCCGACGUGGUCCUGCCGCCCCCGCACCACCGAGGCUUCAACCUCCUCUCCGUCGGGAGCGAUGGGUUCGCAUGUCCCGACGUAAACCUAGAAGGUGAUAGUGUAGAGGAGAUACUAGAUAAGGCAUAUAUUACGAAGAUAGGGCCAUGGGGUGGAAACAGAGGCAACUUUAAUGACAUCAAGGUGUCACCUCUGCGUCUGAAUAGUAUCACAAUCCGUAGUGGAGAGGUCAUAUAUUCACUUGCAUUUUCGUACAGCGAUAACUAUGGAAAGCAGCACCAUGCAGGUCCAUGGGGGGGUUGUAAAGACUUCUCUUAUGGCAGCUUCGAUACGAUUCAACUAGGACCCUCGGAGUUCCUGACUAAAGUUUCUGGAACAAUUGCCUUCUCUGCCCAAUAUUCUUCCAACGUUAUAACAUCUGUCAUGUUUAUCACCACUGCUCGUCGGUAUGGACCCUUUGGAGGAGGAGUAGGAAUUCCUUUUCAGAGUCCAGUGAUGAGCAAUGGCAGCAUCGUUGGCUUCUUCGCCCAUGCUGAGUGGGUGGUUGAGUCAAUUGGUCUUUAUGUGAACUCUGAGAGUAAACUCUGGGAACCAAUGAAAGGACAGGACUCGGUUACAAAAAUUGGGCCAUGGGGUGGUGAUUCAGGGAGGCCUAAUGACGUGAAUGUGUUACCUCGUCGUCUGUUAAGUGUGGUAGUUCGUAAUAGUACUGUAAUCAGUUCACUUACGUUUACAUACAUUGACUGGGAUGGACAACCGCAGACCGCUGGUCCAUGGGGUGGGCUGGGUGAGUCAUUCGACGGGAAAGUUGACACGAUUAUUCUUGGGCGGUCAGAGUUUUUGACCGAAGUUUCUGGAACACUUGGUUGGAACUCCGGAUAUUCAGAUGUUGUAACAUCACUUUACUUUGUCACCAACACUGGUGGCUAUGGACCAUACGGAAAAGGAGGAGGAACUCGUUUCCGAAGUUCACAUAGCAAUGGUAGUAUAGUUGGCUUCUUUGUCAAUGCUGCAGACGUGAUUGACGCAAUUGGUGUCUAUUUUAGCCCAGAGAGGGAGACAUGCAAAGAGAAGGAGGAAGGAGGCUUUGGGAUUUCACGUAGUAUGGCUUACAGAGAAAGGGUGGAGAUAGAAUCAGCAUCAAAUGACCUGGAGCAUAUAGUACUUGACCAAAGCGCGGAGCCGACUAAUCUGCCGUUAGCACUUUUAAAAGACAUCACUGAGGAUUUCAAUGAUAAGCGACAAAUUGGCCGUGGUGGAUUCGGAAUCGUUUACAAGGGCGAUCUUCAAAACAGGAGUGUUGCUGUUAAAAGGAUUUUAAGCUGCCAUACAUUCAACGAUGAAGCAUUUAAUCGUGAGAUUACUUUUCUAAUCAGUGUAAAACACAAAAAUAUAGUACGGCUUCUGGGCUACUGUGCUAAUACAGAGAAUAAAGCGAUGAAACAUUCAGAAUCAGGAGAACCUUGGAAGUAUGUUUUUGCCGAAAUGAGGGAAAGAUUACUCUGUUUCGAGUAUAUAAAAAAUGGAAGCCUUGACAGAUAUCUUACUGACGAACUAAGGGGACUUGAAUGGCAUACGCGCUACCAGAUAAUUCGAGGAAUAUGUGAUGGUUUGGUUUAUCUUCACACAGAAAAGGGUAUUGUUCAUAGGGACAUGAAACCUGAGAAUAUACUGCUUGAUGAUCUUAUGAUACCAAAAAUUACAGAUUUUGGUAUAUCAAAACUCCUUGAUGGAGCAACACACGCUGUCACUAGUGACCCCACAGGAUCACGUGGAUAUUGUGCUCCGGAAUUCAUAGCUCGUGGUGAGGUGUCAACCAGGUCAGACAUAUACAGUCUGGGCGUUAUAAUCACAGAGCUCGUGACUGGAUGUAAGGAUGAACCUCAUAUUCAAAAUGUACUUAGAAGGUGGAGGUAUAGAUGGAAUGAAUCGGCGAACUAUCCACCAUUUGGAUACCAACAGGUAAGUAAAUGCAUUGAAAUAGCGUUAAAGUGCUUGUCAGACUCCCCAAAGAAGAGGCCUAAAAUAUCGGAUAUAGUCAGUAUGCUUAAUACAAUGGAAAGUACGAAGGAGCACAUUACCAAUGUUGGUAACUCUCCAGCUGGCCAGAUAAGCGCUUACCCGUGGGAGCUACUUGAGUUUGACUUGCUCGAGCUGAAUUUCCCGUUCGAGAUAAACAAGCAGAUACCAUGCUCACUUCAGCUAACUAACGUAACUGAUGAUUACGUUGCCUUCGAUAUUGAAAUGAUGGGCAUACUACGGUAUUGCAUUGAACCGGAGAAACGUGUUGUGCCACCACGAUCAAAGUGCAAUGUCAUGGUAACACUGCAACCACAUGAGAGGGUACCGCAUGCUAUGGUGUGCAAGGACGAGUUGUUCAUUUUGCGGUGUGCCGCCGUGAGUGAGGGUCUCACGGCCGAGGAUAUCAUUGAAGACAUGUUAAAUAAGAAGUCGGGUAAAGAAGAAGCCGAUAAGGUGACGUUGAAGGUUGUUAUUUUGCCCAUCACCGUCGACUAAGGAACCCAAAGUAUUUAUUGUGUGCAGUUCUGGGAACAUGGUUUGCCGAGAUGGGUUCGACGUGCUCAGGAUGUAAUACAUGGCAUCUCCAAGGCAAUCAUCAACACCGUUUCUCGAAAGAGAACAUAAUUUGUGCACCGAACAAAUUUCGAGCUGUGCAACCUCUUUUCGGGACAAAAGGGCUUAUCAAAAGAUGCUUGGUGAAUUUGAGACCAUUCCUGCAAUUUCAUGGCUUUGGAACUCAUGUUGUCUGCUAAGACACAAGAUCUUUUUCUGGUUAUUUCUAUAUAACAGGCUCAACAUCAAGGAAAUGCUUCGGAGAAAGGUUUUUCUUUUUCAUCCAGGAUUUUACAUGUGUCAUAUGUGAUCAAAGAGCUCUUGAGACCCGACUCCCGAGACAUCUAUUUUUACCAUCGCCAAUUUACUCAAACUUGAUGGAAGCACAUUUACCCAAACUGACAUCCUAUUUCUGGCAACAUUCAGGAGAAGCUAGAUGAUCACAAAUCUUACCUCCAAGUACCUUUUUUUCUUGGAGAUUAUCACUCUAGUUCUGUGGGCUGUUUGGAACACCAGGAAUGACGUCAUCUUCACAGGGAUAUCCCCAAGCCUACUCAUGCAGGCGAAAGUAUAAGGAGGAGCUUCACUGCAGGGGUGGAUCCACUGUGGGUCAUGGGUGUACAUCAAAAUUUCCUGCAAACAAUUUUCUAUAUAUAUUAGUACUAUUAAACAAGCAAACAUA